AUGGGCCUAGCCUCCCCUGAUUUGUUGGCCGACCACUCGAGCUCGUGCCUGGAGUCACUGCCCGUGGAAAUCCUGCAGUUGAUCUUUCUUCACAGCCUGGAAGUGAACCUCCCUCGUGCCUCACCGCGUCUCAGCCAGGCACUGUCCACUCCAUUGCUCUAUACCUGGCUCAUUCGGCUUGCAUUCAGCAGCCCCAACUCAGGCUCCCGGGAAGGCUUCUUUACCCCGGAUUUCCUACCCCCACCAUUGGAUUUCUGGGCUUUGUCAUGGAAAGAGCGCCAAAGAUUACAGACCGACCUGCUGGCAUGUCGGUGGUGCACAUUUUCCCUGCUCCGGAAAUGCCAGCGUGAGUACGUUGCCCAUGCCAUCCGUCGCAAAUGUGCCGGCCUGGUAUUCCAUCCAGACGACCAAGAAAUGCUAUCAAAUCUGGACCCACGCUUCGAAAACCUAGAAGCUUGCGAUUGGGCUGUACUCGGCCGGCGUGGAAAAGGGGAUCUAGUGAUCCCCGCACAGCUUGGGAAAACAUUGCAGACCCCGUCUUCUCGUAAUGUCGACCGCAAAGUGGCAAUAUGGUUCCAUUUUGGCGCUCUCCAGAUCCGUAAAUCCCACGAGAUAUACCAUGAGAAUGACCUCUUCCGGCUGCCGUGCUCGGUGGCUAUUGGACCCGGCCGCAUUCCGGAUAAGGUCUUGCGCUCGCCCUGGUCAGAUGCGCAGUUUGAGUUCUUACAGCUGCUCUCUUCGGACUUCUACCUGGAUGAGGAUGAGGCCAGGCCUGAUCGAUCCUCGGAGAUCACAUAUCGUCUCAUUCGAACGCGCAAGAUCGAGCCUUUUACUCGCUUGCUGCGUAUAUCGUUCCGUGCUGCAAAUUGUCGUGUCCCUACGCGCUGGCCGCUACAGCAUUCACAUUAUUCGCUCGUCCGGCGCUGUGGAAGUGGACCGGGGGAUCCGUUUGCAAAUGUUAUCUUGAAUGAGCGUUGGGAUGAUAUGCCCACAGAAGCAAAGCGGGAUCUGUUGCGAUAUGUUGAGUCCUCUUCGCCGAAAGACGGGUAUUGA